AAUAUGAGUCAUCUGAAGUUGUUUGCAACUACACUGAAGUGGCAUGGCAUUAAACUGUUGGAAAAGCAAGAUAUAGCCAGAAGGGUGUUUUUACAUGGCCAACGGUAUGUUUCAUCGGGAUCUUCAGAACCAUUCCUGAGUGGGAGUAAUUCAAAUUAUGUGGAAGAAAUGUAUUAUGCGUGGCUUGAAAACCCUAAAAGUGUACAUAAGUCCUGGGAUUUAUUUUUCCGAAAUGCUAAUGCAGGCCAAGCCUAUGAUCCCCAUGUACCAGAGCGGCUGGAAAGAAAGGCGUCAUUUCUUCAAAGCCAUGGGCUGGCCCAGACACCGGGUAAAGCUGAAAAACUUGUUGAAGAUCACCUUGCUGUGCAGUCUUUGAUAAGAGCAUACCAAAUCCGUGGCCAUCAUGUGGCUCAGCUGGAUCCCCUUGGGAUUCUGGAUGCAGACUUGGAUUCGUUUGUUCCUUCUGAUUUGAUCACUACAAUCGAUAAACUUGGGUUUUAUGGUUUGCAUGAAUCAGAUUUGGACAAAGUCUUUCAGCUGCCUACAACCACCUUCAUAGGAGGAAACGAGAACAGUCUGUCUUUACGGGAGAUCAUCAAACGGCUGGAGAAUACCUAUUGCCAACACAUUGGCUUGGAGUUCAUGUUCAUCAAUGAUGUGGAGCAGUGCCAAUGGAUCCGGCAGAAGUUUGAGACGCCGGGAGUUAUGAAGUUUACUAAUGAGGAAAAAAGGACGUUGUUGGCAAGGCUGGUGCGCUCGAUGAGAUUUGAAGACUUCCUUGCUCGCAAGUGGUCUUCUGAGAAGAGAUUUGGUUUGGAAGGAUGUGAAGUGAUGAUUCCGGCACUUAAGACCAUCAUUGAUAAAUCCAGUGAAAUGGGAAUCGAGUAUGUUAUAAUGGGCAUGCCUCAUAGAGGUAGGCUGAAUGUAUUGGCUAACGUGAUCCGAAAAGAGCUGGAGCAGAUCUUCUGUCAGUUUGAUCCCAAACUUGAAGCAGCUGAUGAGGGAUCUGGGGAUGUAAAAUAUCAUCUGGGAAUGUAUCAUGAGAGGAUCAACCGAGCAACAAACAAGAAAAUCACACUGUCCCUCAUGGCUAACCCUUCUCACUUAGAAGCAGUUGAUCCUGUUGUGCAAGGGAAAACAAAAGCUGAACAGUUUUAUCGAGGGGAUACGGCAGGGAAGAAGGUUAUGUCCAUAUUGUUACAUGGGGAUGCUGCCUUUGCAGGACAAGGAGUGGUUUAUGAGACAUUUCAUCUUAGUGACCUCCCAUCCUACACCACAAAUGGCACUAUUCACGUUGUGGUCAACAACCAGAUUGGCUUCACCACAGACCCCCGUAUGGCCCGUUCAUCUCCAUAUCCCACUGAUGUUGCUCGUGUGGUCAAUGCUCCCAUUUUUCACGUGAACGCUGAUGACCCUGAAGCAGUGAUGUAUGUGUGCAGCGUAGCUGCAGAAUGGCGGAACACGUUCAAUAAAGAUGUUGUGGUUGACUUGGUUUGUUACCGUAGGAGAGGGCACAAUGAAAUGGAUGAACCGAUGUUCACCCAGCCGCUCAUGUACAAGCAGAUUCAUAAGCAGGUGCCGGUGCUGAAGAAGUAUGCUGACAAACUGAUUGCGGAUGGGACUGUGACACUGCAGGAAUUUGAGGAAGAAAUUGCAAAGUAUGAUAGAAUUUGCGAAGAGGCAUAUACGAGAUCUAAGGAUAAUAAGCUCCUGCAUAUUAAGCACUGGCUUGAUUCACCUUGGCCUGGAUUCUUCAAUGUGGAUGGAGAACCCAAGAGCAUGUCUUGUCCUCCAACUGGCAUUUCAGAAGACAUGCUGACUCACAUUGGCAAUGUAGCUAGUUCAGUGCCAGUCAAAGACUUCAAAAUACAUGCAGGACUCUCUCGGAUUUUGAGAGCCCGCUUGGAAAUGACCAAGAACAGAGUUGUUGACUGGGCCUUAGCAGAGUACAUGGCUUUUGGGUCUUUCCUGAAAGAAGGCAUCCACGUCCGACUAAGUGGACAGGAUGUGGAGAGGGGUACUUUUAGCCAUCGUCAUCACGUGCUUCACGAUCAAGAGGUUGACAAGAGAACGUGUGUUCCCAUGAAUCACCUCUGGGAGCAGCAGGCCCCCUACACUGUGUGCAACAGCUCCCUUUCCGAAUACGGUGUCUUAGGCUUUGAACUUGGCUUCGCUAUGGCGAGUCCCAAUGCCCUGGUGUGCUGGGAGGCUCAGUUUGGUGACUUCCACAACACAGCACAGUGUAUCAUCGACCAGUUCAUCAGCUGCGGCCAGGCCAAGUGGGUUCGUCACAAUGGCAUCGUCCUGCUCUUGCCACACGGGAUGGAGGGAAUGGGUCCAGAGCAUUCAUCAGCCAGGCCUGAGAGGUUUCUGCAAAUGAGCAAUGAUGAUUCUGAUGCUUAUCCAGAGUUCAGUGAGCAGUUUGAAGUUUCGCAGCUGUAUGAAUGCAACUGGAUCGUGGUGAAUUGUUCGACUCCAGCCAAUUAUUUUCACGUCCUCAGAAGACAGAUCUUGCUGCCAUUCAGAAAGCCACUGAUUGUUUUGACUCCCAAGUCACUGCUGAGGCAUCCAGAAGCUAAAUCCAGUUUUGAUGAAAUGGUGUCUGGUACCACUUUCCAACGCGUGAUUCCCGAGAAUGGGCUGGCAGCUCAUGCACCACAUGAGGUCAAGCGUGUGAUUUUCUGCACAGGGAAAGUAUACUAUGACCUUGUGAAAGAGAGAAAGAAUCAAGACCUGGAGAAACAUGUAGCCAUAACCAGACUUGAACAAAUCUCACCAUUCCCCUUUGACUUGCUGAAAGAAGAACUUCAGAAGUAUCCAGGUGCUGAUCUAGUUUGGUGUCAGGAGGAACACAAAAACAGUGGAUACUACGAUUAUGUCAAACCUCGUUUCCGCACUAUUGUGAACCACACUCGACCUAUAUG